AUGGACCCUCCCGUUGCACCCCGCCUUCGUGUCCAAGGGUUUGACGAAGAUCUUCUUUGGCCCUUGCCGCCGCACCAAGUGGCGGCACUCCGUGCUCUUUUUCCGGGCUCCUCGAUCGUGAUUCCGUCGCACACGAUCAUUGACCUCGACGAUGAGCUCGAGGUCCUAUUCGAGUACAAGACCGUCAGCGGCGGCAUCCACCCGUAUGACAUGGGUGAUUGGAUGCUUAACUCGCUCACGAUCGACACGGUCGGCGACGCGGCAUCGUGGACGCAAGUGCAGGAAGACGCCAUGGCCUUUGGUACCACGGUACACGUGCUUCCGUCGGACGCUGUCGGUGGCGCCGUCACCGCCUCGUACGACGACCGAUCCUCGACGUGGGAGUCCGUCGAUGACUGCGUACUUGCCUUUUGGAACGCUUGCUCGGUGCAUGUGGCGCCCAUUACGUCGGGUGCCCGCGCAAUGCUUUGA